ACCGACUCCGACAGUUGCCUGUCGGAUUUUGUAACUAUCGCACGUGUAGUUCCGACCCGGUUCGCUGCGCUCGGCAAGACGGGGUCACGGAAACUAAGGCGGAGAACGAACCACACCUCGCUCGCUCCGAGAACAAUGCGCGAGAGCGAUUUAACUUGGAGCGGCAAGAAGACGCCGAGUCCGUAAAAAAGGCCAAGAUCGAUAGUGCUGCAUCUCGUAGAAGUGCCGCGGAAAAAAAAGGAUUAACGACAGCGUUAGAUGGGAGAGGAGAGAGAGCAAGGCAGCAAGGAGAGCGAUGCAACAUCUGGACGUUACGGUUUCCUCUGCUAUAUAGUAGAAGAAGAGUAAAGCUCGGGAUGGAGAACCAGCAGGUGUGGGUCCGGGACCCCCAGGAGGGUUUCAUAAUUGGGAAAUUCACGGACAUGGUGGACGGGGACGCUCUAAUCGUGCCACUCGAUCCGAAAUAUCCACAACGCACCUGCCCGCUGGACGAGGUGUUUCCUGCUGGCGAAUACACCAAAGAUGUCGAAGAUAAUUGUGCCCUGAUGUACCUGAACGAGGCCACGCUACUCAACAAUAUACGUACUCGUUACUUCAAAGACAGGAUAUACACGUACGUCGCUAACAUCCUAAUUGCCGUGAAUCCGUAUUACGAGGUGAAAGAUCUCUACUCGCCGCGAACCAUCAAGGCUUAUCAAGGAAAGUCCCUGGGUGAAACGCCGCCUCACGUCUUUGCUAUCGGUGACAAAGCGUUCAGAGACAUGAAAGUGCUGAAACAAUCACAGAGCAUCAUCGUAUCCGGCGAAUCUGGCGCGGGAAAGACCGAAUCGACCAAAUAUCUCUUGCGAUAUCUUUGCGAUCUCUGGGGCUCAACUGCUGGACCGAUCGAACAGAAGAUUCUUGAUGCGACUCCAGUGUUGGAAGCGUUUGGCAACGCAAAGACAAAGCGUAACAACAACAGCUCGCGCUUUGGCAAGUUCAUGGAGGUGCACUUCGAUUCUAAGUGUCAGGUCGUUGGUGGCUACAUUUCUCACUACUUGCUAGAGAAGUCCAGGGUAAGCCUACAGAGUCCGGACGAACGAAACUAUCAUGUGUUCUACAUGAUGUGUGCCGGUGCACCAGCUGACCUGCGUGCAAAGUUAGGCAUCACCAAGCCGGACGACUUCCACUAUCUGAGGAACGGCUGCACCCAGUACUUUUGCAACGCGAGCUCGGAAAAGCGGCUGAACGAGACGCAGAAGAGUCGCGAGCAAGUGCAGAAAGGCAGCCUCCACGAUCCUAUCUUGGACGAUGUCGAAGGGUUCAAUGCUAUCGAUCAGGCAUUCACUCGGCUCGGUUUAACGGAUGGCGAACGUAUGGAAAUUUACACGAUGGUGGCGGCGGUGCUUCACCUCGGUAACAUCACAUUCGAGGACAAUCCGGAGGAUACCAAGGGCGGCUGCAGGAUAACCGCCGGCUCGGAAAAGGCGGUAAUAAUAUCUGCGCGGUUGUUAACCGUGGAUCCCGAAGAGCUGCGACAGGCUUUGGUUUCGAAAGUAAUGCAGACUAGCCGAGGUGGCAUUAAAGGAACAGUCAUCAUGGUGCCGUUAAAGGUUUAUGAAGCUAAUAAUGCCAGAGACGCUCUGGCCAAGGCCAUUUACAGUAAAUUGUUUGAUCACAUUGUCGCACGGAUCAACAAGAGCAUACCUUUCAAGGCUUCGAGUUAUUAUAUUGGAGUGUUGGAUAUUGCGGGAUUCGAGUAUUACAAAGUCAAUAGCUUCGAACAGUUCUGUAUAAAUUAUUGUAACGAGAAGCUUCAGCAGUUUUUCAACGAGCGAAUCCUGAAGUAUGAGCAGGAACUUUAUGCUCGAGAAUCCUUGAACGUGCCAAAAAUUUCCUAUGUCGAUAAUCAGGAUUGCAUUGAUUUAAUCGAGUCAAAAACUACGGGUAUCUUCAGCCUGCUGGACGAGGAGUCAAAACUGCCGACUCACAGUUUUGCACAUUUCACCAACGAGGUUCAUCGUGCUUGGAACGGCCACUUCCGCAUCACUUUACCGCGAACGUCACGAUUGAAGGCUCAUCGAGAAUUACGAGACGACGAGGGCUUCGUGAUUCGUCAUUACGCCGGCGGUGUCUGCUAUCAAACGAACCAAUUUAUCGAGAAAAACAACGAUGCGCUGCACGCUUCUUUGGAGGCGCUUAUUCAAGACAGUAGCAAUAAAUUUCUCAGGACCCAGUUUGCUAAUCAUUCAUUGCAAAAAGGGAAGCUUAACUUCAUCAGCGUCGGUAGCAAAUUCAAAACGCAGCUCGGUGAACUUAUGGACAAGCUGAAGAGCAACGGAACAAAUUUCAUAAGGUGUAUCAAGCCGAACAGCGAUAUGGUAGCGCAUCAAUUUGACGGGAACAGCAUCUUGAACCAGCUACAUUGUUCAGGCAUGACAUCGGUUCUGGAGUUGAUGGAGCACGGCUAUCCUAGCCGAGUGCCUUUCCACGAGCUCUACAGCAUGUACAAGACCUAUCUGCCGCCGGAACUCGCUAAACUGGAUCCCAGAUUCUUCUGCGAGGCGUUGCUGCACAGCUUGAAGUUGAACCAAAAGGAUUUCAAGUUCGGUAUCACGCGAGUGUUCUUCAAACCGGGCAAGUUCGCGGAGUUCGACCGGAUCAUGAGGUCCGACCCGGAGAAUCUGCGAAAGCUGGUCGCCAAUGUGAAGAAGUGGCUGUUGAGAUCGCGCUGGAACAAGGUGCAAUUCUGCGCGCUGUCGGUAAUCAAGCUUAAGAACAAGAUUGUCUAUCGGCGGCAGCAUCUGAUCGUGCUGCAGAAGACGGCGAGGAUGUACAUCGCGAAGAAGCAGCAUCGGCCGCGCAUUCGCGGUAUCGUUAAAAUCAAGAAUCUGCGGAAGCAGCUGACGCGAAUGGAGGAAACCGCGAGUCAGCUGAAGAAUCGGGAGAGAUCGACGCUAGACAUGAAGAGGCUCGACGACGAUUUGGAGGUAGCUAUGCGCAAAAUCAAGGAUAAUCCGAGAAUCGCGCCGACAGAGAUCGACGGCCUCUACACGUCUCUAGUAAAUCAGGUAAAUAAGCAAAUGGCCGCUCUUCAAGAUAUGGUCAAGCAACAGAAGGUUGCCGAGGAGCAGGCUAGGCUAAGGAAGAUUCAGCAGGAACUUGAACUGGAGAAGAAACGAAAGGAAGAGGAGGAGCGGAGGAAGAGGGAGGAGGAAGAAAACAGGAGGAAGAAGCUCGACAUGGAAGCCAGAAGGAAGAUUGAAGAGGAGCAGAGGAGGAAACAAGAAGAGGAGGAUCAGAAAACCGCGGCUGCUCUUCAGGCUCAAUUGGAGAAGGAGGCGAUGGAAGAAACUCGAUAUCGGGAAUUGCUGGAACAAGAAAGAAGAGAUCACGAAUUGGCCGUUCGGCUUGCUCAAGAAUCGAAUGGACAAGUAGAGGAUUCUCCGCCGCCUGUGAGAAGUGGCACCGACAUACGAGUACCUACGAACAACAACAGAUUAAUGAGAUCGGAACAAGUGCGCAAUCAACAAGCAGCUAUGAGCAACAAAAAGUAUGACUUGUCCAAGUGGAAGUACUCGGAGCUGCGAGAUGCAAUUAAUACAUCUUGUGACAUUGAAUUACUAGAAGCUUGUCGUCACGAGUUCCAUCGUCGACUGAAAGUCUAUCAUGCCUGGAAGGCGAGGAAUCGCAGGAGGACCAUUAUGGACGAGAACGAACGAGCACCAAAGUCCAUCAUGGAGGAAGCCGCGAAGACACCGAGGACACCGCUAAAGCAACAGAUAGUCGAGUCGUCGCAGAGAUACUUCCGCAUCCCCUUCGUUCGUUCCUCUGCGGCGGGACAGCAGGACAAUACGCAUGGUGGAGGCAAGAGAGGAUGGUGGUACGCGCAUUUUGACGGGCAGUACGUGGCACGGCAAAUGGAACUUCAUCCCGAUAAACCGCCUAUACUUCUUGUGGCAGGUAUCGAUGAUAUGCAGAUGUGCGAGUUGAGCCUGGACGAGACUGGAUUGACGAGAAAGCGCGGUGCUGAAGUUCUUGAAUACGAAUUCAAUCGCGAAUGGGAGAAAUAUGGCGGCAAACCAUACUUGCCGCCGUGUGAUCGCAAGAAGUGAGAAAUUUAUGGUGGAGAAGGAUUGCUCUUUUGCGUUCCGUUCGACGGAAAAAUUCGCGACGAUAUUUAUGUAGUAUCUUAUAUAGUGUCUCGCAUGUUCGGAAACGCAUCGAUGACUCGGUGUCUUAUGCGAAGUGUGCCUUGUGCAGUUUGCGGCACUCAUGGAUUACGCGUCUCUAAUAAUUUAAAUUACACAGUAGGUAGAUAAAACAAUUUUCUAUCUUGAUACACGAAUAUCGAGCGUUUAUCAGAAUCAGAACAAGGAUACUAUUUUUCUAGAUCCUAUUUUUGCGACUCCCUGCGAUUCUAAGAAACCAGAAACUGCACAAUCAAUUCAUCAGCAUUGUUUGCGUAGCAUAAUUUAAUAAAAUUAAAAUCACCAGCAUAUCAGAUAAUGUGUUAAAGCUCCAAAAAAGACAUCUGCAGAAGCUGCUAUAACUUAUUAUAAAUUUGCUGUACGUUAACAUAGAUUUUUAGCAAGAUAUUAGCAUUACUAAAUAUUUGUGGACAGCUACGAAUAAAAGGAUAUAAUUGAAGUUCCUUAUAUUAAACUUAUAUUUAGUGUGCAUUUUCGAACUAUACAUAGAAACGAAACGUCAUGGUUUCUAAGAUUUGUUCUCUUUAAUUAGCGAUUAUAUUUAUCGUCGUAUAUCAUUUUAAAUGAUUAUUAAUGUUUACUAUAAUACGCAGAAAAAGCGAGUACGAAUGAAUGAUGUUUGUUCGCAGUAACAAACAUUUUAAUAAUGGAAAGUAAAUGCAGUGAUAUGUACCGAGUUAAGUUUCCCAAAAGUAUUUUUCGCGAUGAGUAAUAAAUUAUAAAAACGGUAGGUGAUCUCAUCCGCGUGUGAUCUAUUAAAAUUUGCAUGGUUACUACAUUAAUAUAUAUGCAAUAAAAGUAAUGACUGUUUAUGUA